AGCGUCAGACAGCUGCGGGCUCGCCGCAUGUGCAGCAGCUCUUGAGGGAUUACGCCGCUUGACCAGCAUCCAUGUCAGCCGGCGACAGUCGGCGACACACCGUCCGCUGCCCAACACCCUGACGGCUCCUGUGGACGGCGCCGGGAGAAUGAGAACAGUGCUUUCUCUUUCUAGUCGUCGGCUGAAGAAGGGAAGUCACUUGGAACGAUUUCGAGAUGAAGAAGGACAUAGACACGUUGAUCGCGGAGGAGCAUGCAGACAUCAUCUCCAAGUAUGACAAGGGCAGACAAGAAGGUGUCAAUAUUGACCCAUGGGAGGAUGCUGACUACAGCAUCUAUAAGGUCACAGAUCGCUUCGGCUUCCUGCAUGAGAAGGAGCUGCCGACUCCCAGUGCCCUCGAAGAGAAGCAAAAGCACCAGGAGAUAGAGCGGGUGGAGAAGUGGCUGAAGAUGGUGAAGAACUGGCACAAGUACAGGAACAGUGAAAAGCUGAUAAAACGUGUGUAUAAAGGAAUCCCACUGCAGCUGAGGGGCCAGGCCUGGGCUUUGCUGCUGGACAUCGAGAAAGUCAAGAAAGAAAACGAGGGGAAGUACGAGAAAAUGAAGCUGCAGGCCCGACACUUCUCCACCGAGAUCAAGCAGAUAGACUUGGAUGUCAACAGAACCUUCCGGAACCACAUCAUGUUUAUGGACCGCUUUGGAGUGAAGCAGCAGGCUCUCUUCCAUGUGCUGGCAGCCUACUCUGUAUACAACACGGAGGUGAGCUACUGCCAAGGGAUGAGUCAGAUCGCUGCCAUCCUGCUGAUGUACCUGAAUGAAGAAGAUGCCUUCUGGGCCCUGUCCCAGCUUCUGACCGACGGCAGACACGGCAUGCACGGCUUCUUCAUCCCAGGGUUCCCCAAACUGCAGCGCUUCCAGGCGCACCACGAGCGGAUCCUCUGUAAAAUGCUGCCUAAGCUGAGGAAGCACCUGGAGAAGGAGCAGAUGAUCACAGGCAUCUACACCACCAAGUGGUUCCUGCAGUGCUUCAUCGACAGAACUCCGUUCACCCUCACGCUGCGCCUGUGGGACAUCUACAUCCUGGAGGGCGAGAAGGUGCUGACGGCCAUGGCCUACACCACGCUCAAGCUGCACAAGAAGCGGCUGCUGAAAUGUCAGCUGGAGGACCUGAGGGAGUUUCUCCAGGAGCAGCUGUCCGACUCCUUCCUCCUGCCCGACGAUGAAGUGGUGGAGCACCUGCAAGCGGCCAUGUCCGAGCUGCGCAGCAAGAAGCUGGACCACCCUCCACCAGCGAAGUCUGAUGAGCUGCCAAAGAAGCCGCUGGGUCAAGAGAGGCCAGUCGUUCUCCGGCCAGUGCAGCCGGACUCUCCGCUGGAGGUCAAAGCCAAUUUGCAGUCCAGCAGGGAGGUGUCCCAGACGGACAGCACGCCAUCUUCUCCACCAGAGCAAGCUCCAUCCAGCAAGCCUCCGGUGUUGCCUCCUAAACCUCCGAAGUCUGCGGCUGACGUAGGCCCAGAUGUGUGUCCGGCAGAGAGCAGAGGGAGGGUCGAGGACCCACCUGCUGAGACCAGUGAGGACCAGUGGCCGCCUCCCUAUGAGCCUCCUGCCGUGGGUGUUCCCGUGGUCUGUCCAGAGAUCUCGGACCUGCCUGACCUCCCUCCUCCGCCACUGUUCGACUCUGAGCAGAAUCCCCCAGACUCUGCCAAAAGAAGUGCCCCGCCGGUCCCUCAAAUGAAGCCGUCUUCAGAACUUUUAUCCAAACCCUCCUCUUCCACCUCCAGACUCCUCCCACUGAAGCCAUCAAAGUUCCCUGUCUCUCUCUACGUCCCGGGGUCACCUGGAGACAGGCGACCGUCCAACGUCUCCCAGUACGACAACCUGUCCGAGGCGGACGAGGAGGACCGGUCCUCAGAGCGGCUGCCUGCUUCUACCCCGGAGGAGGCCGCCAAUGGUCAAGCAGCUGCCUUUGACAGAGACUACGACCCCGCCCUCUAUCCUCUCCCCCCGCCGCCACUCUUCAUCCCCCCCUCCGCAUCCCCAAGCCCGCUGUUGCGCUGCCCGCUCCCAAGUUUGCCCCAGGAGCCGGAUUUUGACGGGGACGGCAGCUGGGUAGAGGAGCCCAUCAUCCCUCCUCCCCCUCCCAGUUUUGCUGACAGACUCACACCCUUCCAGUACAGCGCCACCAGCUGUUCAGAGACACACAGAGCCACUUCACCCACCAGCUACUCCAAGGGUUUCUCCCGGGGACCUCGGGGCCACUCGGCUUUCCCAGCUCCACUGUUGUAUACCGGAUCCCCACCGGGCCUCUCCAGAUGCUCCAGCCCUUCCUCUGUAGGGGUCCCCCUGGUCAGGUCCAGCCCAGACUUCUGCAGGAUGCCCCCUCCUGGUGGGCAGCUUCCCAAAUCAGUGACUUUCUGAAGACAUUCACAUCAAUAAGAUUUUCCUGUUUAGUUUGAGCGGGGUCAAGAGGUUGCACAAGGCCAGUAGCUUUUUUUUUUUACAGUGAGUUUUGUACAGUACAUAUUUCUGUGAUGUUUCCGCUGUGUCGAACUUCAAACCACCUCCACAUGGUGUUACACUUCAGCACGUACCUGGAGGUUUCAGAGAAGCGAGAACUUGAUGCUUACAUUUAUGGUCUAGUCAUUUCCAGUGUUUUCUCAAAGUCCUCAGAAAUGUUGCUCAAGUGUAGCACCAUGUGGUUCCUGGUCAGGUUUGCUGUCUUUUCUGCUCCUUUUGUGUGUGUGGAGUUAAAAGAGCCGAUCACAACAGUGUCUUAAAACAAACUGUGGUGCUGUUUUCGUAACCGAAGGGCUUUUAACUUCAUCUGUUAAGCGUUUGCUUUCAUAAACUGCGAAAGCUUUGAUAGCCAGGGGCCACUAGAGGGCACUCUCGCUACAUUAUAUCGACUUUUAUUUUUUUUAGUUCUGAACUGGCUCCACUGGUCAUAGCCACAAUACAGAUUGUGCAAUUCUUAUUUAUGAAAAUGUGUCUCAGCACAGAUGUACAGAUUUCUUUCAUAGCUUUACAAAACUGCACGGUAAAAGCACAGUUAAGACUAAACGGAAGACGAGCCAUGUUUCGAAGUAAGGACCUAUAAAAGCAAAGAAAAGUUUUGACAAUCUGAAGUGUUUUAUAUCGUUUCCUGUAUGAACCUGAUCACCAUGUGUGCAUGAGCAUCCAGAAUGUGGAUCAUGACACCAGCACACAGACCGACGCUUGUGUUCAACGUAUUUGAUAAAGAGUUUACUGAGUAGAGUCGGACUCCUGGAGUUACUGCACACCCACAGAAUCAUUUUAUUGAAGUAUAUAAGUUAAACAAAUUUAUACAAAAUGUUGUAAACAAACUUCAAAAGCUCCACGAUAACACACCGUAAAAAGUACAUUAGCAGCGUAGGAAUUGGAUUUCAGUGAGGCCCUCAACCCUGAUUUGUUUAAAAAGUGUUUUUUGACAAGAGCGUCAUCAUUGUUUACCUAAAAAAAGGGGCUUAAAUUCAUGUAACAUAUUUGGUCUCCAUCAAAAAA